AUGUCCGACUCGAGCGUGCCCCACGGGGCAUCGACAACGCCUCACGACGACGACGACGACGAUCCAAUUGUCGCCAGCUACUCUGUCUUUCUCAAACCGCCUCUCCCUGAACACCGCAAUCUUGUGGUCUUCCAAUAUGUCACCAAAACCGCCCAAGACCCGGGCUCGAUCCGCAUGCCGCGCAUCACUGAGCUGCGAGUCAAACCUAACACGGGCAUGUACGAGGUGGACGUGCCCAUCGACACAAUGGAGGCCUACGACCGAAACAAAGGCAUCGCCUGGGGCACCGCCCUGAAGAAGUCAAUGGAAACAAAAAAGGGCGGUGGUAUGGGCCUGGCAGGGGGGUUCAACAUUGUCACGGCACCUAACCCGGCCGCUGGGAGAGGAGGCCGGAGAGGCGCUGCGUCAACCGAGGAUGACGGGCUUCCCCUGAGCUGGGCCGAAGCUGUGAAGCAGGACAAGGUAUUGCGCACGCAGACGUUCGGAGGUGGACGCAGCGCAGAGGAGCAUACGAGAGAGAUGAUUGGGGUCUUCCAAGGGAAAAACCUCCACCUAACCCCUGUCUCAGAAAUCGUCCAGCUGCGCCCCGUCCCGCACCACCUCGACGCAGCAACGGAACAGGAGCGGCUGGCCCGCGCGCCCGCAUCCGGCGCGGCCGCCGCGUCCUCCGCGGCAGCAGCAGGCGAAAAGUCGGCCGGCCGGGCCAUCCACAUGGCGCUCAAGUCGGCCAUGGACGACACGGGCGGGGUGGCGGCCGAGACCAUGGCGGACCGGCUGCGCAAGGUGCAGAUGGAGAGCUGGCGGCGCAUGGAGUGGGUGCACGACGAGGCCGAGCUGGCGUGGGAGGCGUACAACGAGUGCCUGCUCAUGCGGAGCUCGUCAUCUUCAUCAUCACCAUUAGCAAAAGACGAGGACGAUAACAAGGCGGGAAAGGGGAAAGGAAAGGAGAAGCCAACGGUCGCGGUCGAGGCUGACGCGGACGGUGGUGGUGCUGCUGCUGUUGAUGACAGUGGUGCGCCGGAUCUGGCUGAGCGUGUGGCUCAGCUGCGGACAGACUGGGGCGAGACGGAGUUAUUGAAUGCUAUUAGCACGGUGCGCCGUCCUGCCGGGGGAGCGGUAAAUGGUAAAGGGGACGGGGAGGAGGCCGCCGUGAAGAUGGAGGCCGGGGCCAGUCGGUCCGCUACAGCGAACUUAGUAUCUCGUUCUGUGUCUGUCGCGCCAAAAAGGGGCCCUGGGGCAAGAGGGACAAGUAGGGGCGGUGUUAUGGAGAUAGAUUGA